AUGACUACAAGUCGUUUGACAUGGAGGUGUACGAAUGUGCAGGCUAGCUCGAUGAGUAGAAAGCAUAUAGUACUAUCAAAAAUGUUUGAGCCAUUGCCAGUUUUACGUGAUAGCAAAGAAACUACUGAUCGCUUUGUGGCUAGCUUGAUUGAGGCCUCAGAAAGGAAAGAUGCUGGAAAAGCCCGUGUGCUGAAAUGGACAGUUGAGACUUCUACGGGUCCUGUUGAAGUGGAUAGCUGGAAGUUCAAAGAGUUUGAAUAUUCUCGCUCGAACAUCCAAUUACCAUGUCGGGCAAGGGGGUUAUUUAUGCAAGGAAGUCGGAUUCUUGCCCGGGGCUAUGACAAAUUCUUCAACCAAGAGGAAGUUCCCGAAACUAAAAUGGAAGCGUUGAAGAAACUAGAAGGUCCGUUCAACGUAUCAACAAAAGAAAAUGGCUGCAUUAUAUUUAUUUCAGGGUUGGAGGAUGGCACACUUUUGGUGUGCUCCAAGCACUCGACGGGAGAACGAGACGGAGAAAAAUCAAAGCAUUUCAUUCGAGGCCAUCAAGAAACACUCUCCCAAUUAGAGCGGAUAGGGAAAAGACCAGAGGACUUGGCCCGAAUCCUUUUCGAGUUGAACUUGACGGCCGUGGCAGAGUUGUGUGACGACGAUUUCGAAGAGCACGUCGUUGAAUAUCCCAAGGAAUUGGCUGGUCUCUAUUUGCAUGGGCUUAAUUACAAUACCCAAAAGUUUCAUACGUAUCCAAUGGACCGCGUGUCGGCCUUCGCUGAAGAAUGGGGCUUUCGAAAGGUAUCAGACUUUACUUUCGACUCUUUUGAUCGUCUUUGGGCGUUCCUUGAAAAGACAGGUGAAACUGGUACAUUCAACGGUAGGGAAAUCGAAGGUUUUGUUAUCCGAGCUAAAAAAGACGGUCUGGACUAUUUUUUUAAGUAUAAGCUCAAGGAGCCUUAUUUUUUAUACCGGCAGCUUAGAGAAGCCACGUUAGAUUUGAUCAACCCAGAGGCGCCUCAGAAGAUUCCUCAGAUUGUCCACAGACGCCCUGCUCACAAAAAGAUUACCUUCUCGUAUUUGGAGUACGUUGAAAAGCUUUUUGAGGAAAACCCUCAGCUCAAAGAAGACUAUUUGAACUCGUUGGGGAUUAUAAAGGUUAGAAAAAUGUACCUUAAACACAUGGGAUUCGGAGAAUUAGAUGGUUUGGGAUUAGUGAAAAUAGAGGACAAGGAUGAGAAACUUUCUCAGAAACUUGACAAACUUUUGAAGGCAACAACCUUCCACUACGGAAUCGUUCCUAUUGCAUCUAUAGGAUGCGGAAAGACAACUACCAUUAAAACCUUGACCAAUUUGAUACCAGAGUGGGGACAUGUUCAGAGUGACGAUUUCUAUAAACGAAAACUUAAAUUCACCGAGACCUGUCUUCUGGAAUUAGGCACACACAAAGUUGUCUUCAUUGAUAAAAACCACCAACAGGCGAGAAUCCGGAAGGAACAUUUCAGCUCUUUUCACGCCAAUGAGGGAAAGUUUGUACCUCCUAAUAUACUGGUGAAAUACGUUGGUAUAAACUUCAUGAGCAAAGGGACAUCAGCUGAACAUUGGAAGUUUCUUGAAAAGAGACUUAUAGCAAGAGGAGAUAACCACCAAACGCUUAGAGUUAAAAAGGAAGGCGACAGCGCAUCUAAGAAGGCAAAAGGGUUUUACGACUCGUUCUCACCACCAGAAUUGAAGGCUAAACUAGAAAAUGAGAGCUUGCCGGUGGUGGUUGAAGGUAAUAAGUACGAAGAUCCAGAUAGUAACUUCCACAUGAUAAUCAACUUGGAUUGCACUCAGGAGAACUCUUCUUUGGAAAAUGCAAAAAUAAUUUUGCGUGAAUUGACGAAAGCAUUUCCGGAAAUUCAAGUUCCUAAUUUCACGGAAAGUCAAUGGAUGGAAGCUUUUGAAUCUGCGAAAAACCACGAGGUAAAGGUAGUUGCGCCACCACCUGCUCCAAAAGCCGGAAAAGCGAUCUAUGUGGGUAUUGAAAUAACCCCAUCUGCAAUCCAAAGCAUAGCCGACAAUUGCUUACGUGAAGAUCCAACGUGGAAUGGCCUAGUUGAAGCCAAACGAGUCCAGCAAGACUUUCAUGUCACUGUGGCUCACUGUAUGGCAGCCAGAGAUGCAAAGAAAAAGGCGUCGUGGGCAAAAAUAGCCAAAAAAUUCGAUUUAAAAGCGAACGGAAAAGUUGCCAAAGAAACAGGGAGGUUUCCAUUGCGUUUUUUCGCCGACUUGAACAUCAAAAGUAUAGUUGUCGUUGAGCAAACAUUGAUUACCCUCAGAGUGGAACUUUCAGCCAUCUAUACCCAAAAUGAGCUGAGCUUUAUCUUGGAUGAAGACAAGAUAGAGCCAACAAAUACGAUAUUGCAUAUCACUGUUGGUACUAUGAGCGAAAAGAUUCGGCCUGCCAUGUCAAACACAUAUCUUGAAAAGUUGGUUGCCUCUCACGAAAAUGUGACGAAAGGAGAGUACAUUUUGGAUGAUAAGAAGUUCAAGGUGUGGGAUGUGGAUGUUAGUUUAGAAAAGCAACAGCUCUUUGUUUAUUAUCAGUUCGACUGA